AGUUUGAUAAUUCUCUUAUAUGGUAUCAGAGCCUCAAUAGAAUUUUUUCUAUUUCGAUCCUCUCCUCUGCAUUCUUGUGAUCGCCUAAGCCUGUGACUCCCAUAGCUCCUUCGCCAUGCCCUAUACUAUCACCAAAGAUACUCCAGUUCUUUCCCUUCAUGCAAAGACUCACUUCCCAAUCAAGUUGGUUACUACCAAUUUUCCGAUUUGGCAGCGCCAAGUUCGCUCCACGCUCAUCGGCCUCGAUCUUCUCGGCUAUGUUGAUGGGACGCUCGCUGCUCCCUCCCCCACAGAUUCCACCUACUCCGUUUGGUUUCGUCAGGACCAAACCAUUGUUGGUGCACUCCUUGGCAGUUGUACUGACACUAUUCAGCCUCUCAUCUCCAAUGUUUCCACUGCUCGUGAUGCAUGGCUUAAUCUCCACUCUAGCUUUGCGAGUGCGAGUCGUGGUCAUGUUCUUGCUCUUAAGUCUAAACUUGGGAAGAACCCUCGUGGCAAUCGGUCUAUUAAUGACUAUCUCCAUGAGAUGCACUCUAUUGCUAACGAUCUUGCCCUAAAUCAAAGUCCUGUUGACGAGGAAGAUCUUGUUGCUCAUAUUCUUAAUCAAUUGGGCUCGGAGUAUGAUUCCAUUUCGUCUGCGGCCUUGCUUCGUGGCUCCAAACUGCCCUUCACCGAACUUGGUAAUGUGUUGCGUGAUUUUGAACGCAAACUUCAUCUUGGUGAUGAUCCUGCCUCCCCUUUGGUGGCCACUGCACACGUGACAGAGCGGCACUCAACUGCAGGCGUUAAGUCCUAUCAGAGAAACACAGCUGUGGGGCAGUCCCAUCCCUCUCGUUUGCCUGCCUCUCCACGGCAGUCCUACGGCGCGUCCAGACAGUCCCGCCGUACUGAUGGAUCAUCCUGCCAGUUUUGCUCGAUCCCUGGCCAUGACAUCAAAGUAUGUCGUAAACUUGCACGUCUUCUCCGGGAUAAUGGGAUGGACUCUGUGGCAAAUGCACCGGCUAUGUUUCCUGCUCCGGUCGUGCAUGCCACUGCUGCUAAUCCCGCAGGAGUCCAUGGCUGGAUGUUUGACAGUGGAUCUGAUCACGGGGGCGCCUCUCCUUCGCGGUGAAAAUCUUGGCGGGGUUUACUAUGCAGGUCCGGUCCGGUCUCCUACAGUGCAUCACACUACUUUGCAUGAUUUGCAUCACUCUUUUGGACAUCCUUCUAAUAAGAUCAUGUCUCAUCU